AUGGCCGACGCUGACUCCAACCCUUCCACAGCCACGCACAAUUCGCCGCGGACAUGGCUCCUCACUUCAGCUCUUUCCCCUCUGUCCGUCCGACUCAUCCGGCUACUGCUGUCACAUGGCGACUACGUUGUCGCAUGUUUACCGCCCUACGAGAUCGAUCAUGAGGACCGCAGCGCCGAGUUUCGCGAGCUCGUCAAUGAGUGCAAGAGCUCCAGAAAGGAUCGUGAGGGCUGGAAGGACCGUAUACGCGGUAUCCGAUGCGAUGGGGCUGCCAUGGGAAGCUGUGGAGCUGCUGUCGCCGAAGCUGUGCAGGUCUUUGGGCGUAUCGAUAUCCUGCUAUGCUGUAAAUCCGAUGCUGUCGUGGGAACCGUAGAGGAGCUAUCGACAAGUCCAUUCACACAAAAUCUCGUUCGCGACCAGUUCGAGUCCGUCUUCUUCUCCCAGGUCAACUUUAUAAGAGCUGCUCUCCCUCAGCUACGGUCUCAACACACAGGGCAUAUCAUUGUUCUAACCAGUACCGGCGGGCACAUUGGCACACCAGGCAUGUCGAUAUAUACGGCUGCGACAUGGGCUCUCGAAGGGUUCUGCGACUCACUUGCGUACGAGAUUGCGCCCUUCAACAUCAGAGUUACCGUUGUACAGCCAAACAAGGAGAUUCUUUCCUUGACUAAUCGUCUGACCUUUGCACCUCAAAUGGCUGCAUACGAUCAAUACUCAGAAACAGCUCCGAGCAUUCGCGACAUUCUCGCCAACGUUCUCAAUACUCAUCCGGAUACAGCGCUGCCAUACCCCUCGUCACCAGCUGACUAUGGUCCUUCACCUAUGUCCCCCGCCAGUACUUCCCUCGAACCAGAUGCAGCGCCUGGUGAGAUUUUACAUCGCUACCCCAAGUUACCGCCCGGCGCAGCAGAUAAGCUGGUCAUGGAGACCGUUCAUGCUCUUUCAGCGAUCGGCGGACAUGAAAACCCCCCAGCACGACACAUUGUCGGCCACGAAGCUGCUGUCGCAGUAAAGGAGAAGCUGAAAACUGUUACAGAAGAGCUUGAAGAUUUCGUAGAAGCGAGUUUGUCUGUCGAUACCUUUGAGAGUGAGCUGCAAGCCGAGGCAAGGGAGAGAAAGCCGUCAGAUCAAAGUCCCCAAGGACCGCCAUCAUCAGUUGGUUGA